GGAGUGCGCGGAGGGGAGGGGCCAGGAUGCGGCUGCUCGGGGCCUGGCACCCAGGCGCGGGCCGCAUCCCCCCGGCCUCGCCGAUGCCCUCCCGGCGGCAGGGAGCUCGCCACCCUCGCCCGCCUCGGCUCCCUCUCCGCUGGUGAAAGCCGCAUUUUGAAGAUAGUAAUUAUGUACAAUCGUUAAACGGCAGCAAUUAGAGACUUCAUCUACUUCCUGAGUUUCCUUGUGACAUUUCUAUUGUUUACCCUUAAUAAGCCAGGACAGAGGCUUCGCGGGAUUAAAGCUGGAUAAAGUGGGCAGUGAAAGGGGAAGAGGAGGGGGGAAGUGCAGGAAACUGGGUGGGGGGGAACGAGCAACUUGGGAUUAGUGUUGAAGAAAGGAUUAUUUUUUUCCCUUUGGAUGUGUCGCUCCUGGAAACCCGCGCUUUUGUCCUUCUGCGUUAAAAGACCUGUAUUCAGAACAUCCUGGUCGCUGAUAGGUAGGCUUAGCACACAGAUGAGGACUCAUGGCUGUGGGAGGACUCAGGGAACUUUGCAAAACGUGUUUUGAUAAGUAAGUGCCUUGAUGUCAGUGCUGACUUAAUAAUUUUAAAGAGAGGAGUUUUUAAGAGAAAAUUCCAGACCCCGCGCAGUUCAAAGCUUCCCAGUUUUCCCGACUUUGUUGCUAGUGCAUUAAGUGGGGUGGUAUUGGAAAUCCCAUUACCUAUUUUGAAGCUGUUUGCAGAUAAGUGUUUUUCUCACCUGCAUCUUCAUUGCACUUCAAAGAUAAGUAUCAGGGUUCCCUGGAAGGCAGAAAGAAUGACAGUAGAAAAGGCACAGUUUAGUCUGUCUUAUGUAACUUCAGCCCAACCUAAUUUUGUGGAGUUUGGUUUUGUUUCUGUGGCUGCCUUCACAGUAUGUUUAACACUGUGAACUUGACGCGGAAGAUUAACGUCAGCCAGGACUUUAUUUCAUUAUUUCCUUUAGAGGAAAUCAUGGUUGAGAUGUUUCAGAAAAGCAGUGAGAGGGCCUGGAGAGGUUUUGUGUUCAUAGCUGGAAGUGCAGGGCAUUCCGAAGCCACAGAAAGGAUUUAAACACUGGAUUGUCAUAGUAUCAUAGUCUUACUCCACAGGAGUCUGUGGAAAUCACGUUGGAGUUGCAUAUGCUCAGCCCUUUGCUAAUGCUUUUCCAGGAGACCGAAGUAUGGCAUAGUUGGCACUUAGUGGGCAAGACACUCAACUGUCAUUUGUGUAUCUAGUCUGUGUUUGUGCUCUUGAGGCAUUGCUGAUGCAGUAAGAACAGGGAACUUUCAUUUUAGUGUGGAAUGGCAGGCAUAAACAGAAACAUGCAAAUAGAUGAGUAAUAAGUGACAAUUGCAGGUGUAGCCACGUUCUAAAGAGGAGUUGAUAAACUUGGAGAGUGACUGCUUAGGUGAGUAUUACUUUCUUCGACUGGAAGGUCAGAGAAGUUCUCUCUGAGGAAGUGAAAUGUGAGUAGAGGAUGCUAGUCUGGUUUUUGAAUACUUGAAUUGUGAUGUUUUUCUUUUUUUGAGAGUAGGUUUCUGACUCUUUAGCAAUGUUGAACACAUUGAAGAGUGCAGGUGAAAGAGUGACUAGGUAGAUAGAUUUUUAAAGAGAACCUUACUCAUAUUCCACCCUUAGGACUUGAGACCGCAUACUUCAUCUUAAAACAACAAUAACAUUCACAGAGAAUUAAUACCACCUUUAUGAUGUUAUCUUUAUGUUCUCUGGGACAUUAAUAUUGGAAAACAGAAAAUUUCAAGUAGAUUUUCUGAAUAGUGAGAUGAUUCCUGAGAUCUAAAAAUGCCUAAUAUUUGGUAUUGAUAUAAGCUUUUGCUUGUCAAAUACAGGGCUUUUUCUUUUUAAUGGUUGUGUGACCUUUUUGCUCUCUCUUGAAUGUCAUAGUAAAAUAUUACUAGGAAAUCCUGGAGAGCAGAAUGAAGAGCUGAUAGAUGUCUAUAUCCUUAUAUAAAUACUUCUGUAUCUUUUCGUGUGUUACGCGGUAUUAUUAAGAGAUUUCCACAUAGCUAGGAUUUUAGUGAGCUCAUCACUUUCUGGGCAGGUUAGUGGAAUUUCCUCUUUGUGAUUCCAGCCAGUUGAUAAAUCAUAGCCACGAUUCUUUGUUGUGCCCAUUACUUAACCAAAGGUACAAAAAAAUGACUGCUCUACCCAGCAGGUCUUUUUACUAUUUUUAAACUUGCAGAUGUUUUAAGGUUAGGGAAGUGGCUCAGGAUUUGAGGGGCAGUUUGGUAUAGUGGGAAGAAUAUGCAUUCACAGGUGGGCGACCUGCAUAAGCCCUGCUCUCUUGCUGACUGGCUCUGUGACUUUGGCUUAGUUCCCCCUCCUCUCUGUUUCUUUAUCAAUUGCAAAAUGUGUUUGGAUUAGGUGGCCUUCAGGGACCCUUCCUGGUCUGUGCUCAGUUAUUCUGUUCAGUGGCUCAGAUGUGGAAGAUAAGUAGUUACAUAAUCUAAGUUCCCUGACAGUUAUUUUAAUAGCAGCAAAGACCAAUGCUGUGGUGGUUUUUUUAUGGAGAUGUUUGUAAAAACAGAACGUUUCAAAAAGUUGUAAUGAUAUACAUCUAUUAGACUCACUGGUGUUAGGUUACCCAUGAGAGCAUUUAAAUUGGGUAAAACUUUAUGUUCCAAGUUUAAGAAAGACAAUGAUGUUUUGAAAUUUAGCUAAAUAGACUGAAAUAACUAGCGUAAAGAGGGGAUGACCUCAUGAAAACAAUUUAGGACUGGAUAGCAUUAGGAGAAAUACCUAAUGUAGAUGACGGGUUGAUGGGUGCAGCAAACAACCGUGGCACUUGUAUACGUAUGUAUCAAACCUGCACGUUCUGCACGUGUACCCCAGAACUUAAAAGUAUAAUUAAAAAAUAAAAAAGAAAUUUAGGACUGGAAGGAGGCCUAGAGUCAUGGUACACGUUUAGCACUUGUGUUUUGUUCAUGAAGAAACUGAGGCUUCCGGAAGGAAAGAGACUUGUUCAGGUUCAUAGUUGAUCUGGGCUGAGCUGGGUGGCUGUACUCCCACUUCAUCCUUUCUCCACCUUGAGACAUUCCAGCAGUGCUGUCAGUUCCUCAAAGCAUCCUUUCUGGAUUCAAUUUGAAACAUGUGGCUCUCUUGUUGACUAAUGGCCCAUCGUGGUUUUUGGAAAAAUAUUGCUUACUCUCUUAGUUCCUCUCACUUCACAUUGAAUGGAUAAUGCAUUUUGCAAGACUUUUUUUUUUUUCUUUGAAUGCUUCACGAGAUGUAUUUUUAUUGGUUCUCUCAACCAAGGGUUCUUAACCUGGGGUCUACAGAUGGAAUUUGGAAAGUUCUUGAACUUGGUUGGGGGAAAAAUGUGUCUUUAUCUUCAUGAUAUUCAAACUGCAAUUUAACAUUUUCACUCAAUUAUCAGUGUAGGCAACAGAAAGACUUGCUUCUAGCUUUUGUUAUUUAAUGCAUUCAAACAGAAGCGCACAUACGUAUUGCAAUUUAAGACUGUUUUGUUAAUUAAGUAUAACUGAUUCCAGUUGUAAUCCUUUGUGUUUUAUAUGUUUAAAAACAUUGGUCCGAGAAGGGCUCAGUAGGCUUCCUCAGACUGCUAAAGGGAUUCUUGGCACAAAAAGAGAGUAAGAGCCUCUACAAAUGAAAAUUUAUAAAUAUGACUGAAAAAUGAAGUAUCUUAGUAGAAAUUGAUGAGGCUCUGCAAGAGGAAGUAGGUAGGUCCCUGCCUCAUUUCCUUUGGAUGAUGCAGUGUCCUGUUAGGUAAGACAAAGAGGACUACAGUAGCUUGUAGAGUUGAUGGUUUUGUUUUUUUUUCUUUAGCAGAUCCCAAUUUCUAUAUGCUUUUUGUUGUUGCUGUAACCUUGGCACUUUGCCUUGACUACUCCACCCUUUGGUGGCCAUAAGAAACCUUCAAAUACACCCUAACACUUUUCCUUUUCUCAUCCUCCACUCUAAUUUGGGCCCAAAGACAUCAGACACUGGUAUCUUUUGUAGACUAAAAGGCCUUUGAACUUUAAAAAAAAAAUUUAUAAAACAAAAUCUUUCCUGUCACUCAGCAUGUGGGGUGAUCUGUUUAUGUGGAUGGAGUGUGUAAUUCUGUAGGCUGUUAAGGGUGAUGGUGUUACCGGCUUUGGGUUGCUAUAUUUUCCUGUACUAACUUUAGCCUUGCUUGGAAUAUGUGGCUGUCUGUGUUGCUGUGUGGUUUCUAGUCUGGCUUUCUCAGAUUCGUUUCUCUUUUUAACACACCACGACUGAAACCUUCAUUAGGGCUUUUCAUUUCUGGUUGUAUUUCUUCCUGUGAUGAAUAUUUGGGGAUGCUGUAUAUAUAUAAAAGUAAAACAGGCUUGAUUCAGGUUUAGUAAUUUUACCAAACAUUUUGUCAAAAAGAUAAAAUACUUACGUACGAAAGACUAAAACAAAACAAAAUAGCCGUUGCUCUAUUUGAGGGAGACCAGUAUUGUCACAUUGGAGUACUGGUUUCGUAUCUGCUGUGCCGGGCUUGCGGUGUGGCCUUCCUGAAAGUACAUAUGUAGGGUUGUAAGUCGGCUUUUGAAUGGAGACAGCAGCAACUUGGUAGACCUCGUUGGUAUGGGAGGGAAUUAACUGUGAAAAGGAGUUUGAUAAUGUCUUUGGUUGAAUUAAAAGUUUCUCCUGGGGUGUGCAGAAAUCUGUUUUAUAAAAAGAAAAGUAAAGGUUAGAAUAAUUCAGUUUUUAGUUCUUACUGAGCUUAUUGUCACCUGUCACCUUCAUGUUCUGGAAAAUAAUAAGAGUCGAAAGUGCUUCCUUUUUUUUUUUUUUUUUUUUUUUUUUCCUUUUAGCUUUUUCUAAAUCAGCUGUUCUCAACCACUGUCUAAACUACCAAACUACCUCACAGGUGAUGAUCAGUCUUGAGGGUGUGUGGCCAGUAAUUUAUGACAAGUAAUAAAGUGUGGAUCUUUCAAAUGAUUCAGAGAUGUUCUGUUAAUAGUGCCAUUUUUCACCCUCUUGCAUUCUGAUAUGUUUUCUCAAGUGGGAGAGAAAGGGGUGGAGUUCUAUCAGGCGAGCCAGGAAUGUAUUCAUUCAGCAAAUAUUUAUUGGCUGUCUACUCUUCCAGGCAUGAGGAAUACAGCUAGGACAAGGCAGACACAUUCCUUGUCCUGGUGAACUGCUCUCUUGUUCUUAUCCCAGCCCCUUUGUGAAUAACCGUUACUGAUACACGGUUCAUUUAUUUAUUCCUCAAAUAUUUGAGCAUCUGCCACUCGUCAGAUGCUGUACAUUGCACUAAGGGAUGCACAGGUGAACAAGACACUUGUGCUCCCUACUGCUGCAGCAGCGCUGACAGCGCCUAGCUUGAAGAACAGAAGGCUGGGAUUGGGUUGGUGGAUGAGUUAGCAGGGUCCCUUAGCCUUGCUCCAGGAUGAGGAGGCGAUGACCAGGAGGGAGGUCAGAGGGAAUAAGUGCUUUCCGAAGAAGAGUCGGAGUAUUCUACAACUUAGAGAUGAGCGCAUGCAACUACUUUGAGGAACAGAGAAACACUUUCUUUGGCUAGAAAAGAAUGAUUGAAUGAAAUAAUGUGAGGGGUGAUAAUGGGGGGACGAUCACGAAGAGCUUAUAAGAUAUUGGAAGAGUUUUGGACUUUAGCCUAAGGUUACAAAAGACUGUUGUAGGGUUUUCCAGUGUGAGAUGGGAGUGAAGAAAGCUCUCUGCAAAGAAGGCACAGUGGAGUUAGAAGGAGAAACUGAGGCUGAAGCCCAAGAAGGCAAAGAGAGAAUGGAAUGUGAGCUAGAGGGCAGCCAUCUUGCUUCUAGUUCCUGGUCCCAGUAUCUCUUGAGACCUAUUUUUGUGUGAUUGACCAUUCCUUCAGUGACUCAAAAUAUUGACUGAGGACCAGCACUACUCCCAGCCCUGGGCCACACCAGCAAACAAGACAGACGGCUUCCCUUCCUGCCUGCUUGGAGUUUACCUUUUGUUGGGAGAGGUGAGCCAUCAAAUGAAUAGAUAAAAAAUGGAAUUUCAGAAACUGCUGGGACGAAACUAAAGCAGGAUAAGGAGGAAGAGAGCGACUGGGUGGGCAGGGGUGGGUGAGUCGGCAGGGUAAAAUGCUAGGAAUAAGGUAGCAAAGGACCCUUUUGGACAGGAUAAUCUGGAAAGCUUUUCUGGGAAAAUAAUCCUGUUUGCUUGGAGAGUCCCCGCUUCUUUCAAUUUUUAUUUACUUUUUUCCUGUUUAAGCCACCUUAAGUGGGUUCUACUUUUACAAUCAGAAGAUUCCAAGUAUUCUUUUGUUAAGGAGGCAAAGUAUAUAAGCAGUUUACUGAAGGGAAAAUAGAAGUGUAAACAAGUGUAAGGACAGAUAGUUAAGCAUCCCUGGACAAAAACACAGCUCUGCCCUGUGUGCUGCGUGGCAGGUGCCUAGAGGGGACAUUGCAUUUCCAUCAGAGCGUAUUGCCCCUUGAGAGUAGGAACCCUGACUUCCACCUCCCUUGGAGUGCUGGGCUUACCUUUCUGGUGCAUGUUAGGCACUCGCUUAGCCUCUUGGAGAAAUGGGUUUCUGUGACACACCCUAGUGUGCCACCGUAUAUGGAGAUGUGGCCAGGGCUCAUUGAAUGUUUCUUGACUUGGAAGGAGCACUCUGCUUCUGUAAUACAACUGCAGUUUUGUAAACAAUCCUACCAACCUUUAGGGUCCAAGUCAAAGUUUUUCUGAGAAACGAAACAUGUGCUUGACUGACAUCAGAUAUUCCAGUUUCAACUUUUGUUUGUUUUUCUUUUUGUCAGUCACCUAGCAGUCAUGUUGUCACCUGCAGAAAGUCCUGCCUUGAAGGGAAGCAGGCCAUCUGUUCUGAUUCCACCAGCUGCUCAGAGCUGCAUUGCAGUGCGCCACAGUGGCGUUGAAAGGCUGUGGUCAUUAAUGCCUGUUAAUGAUGCUGGAAAUACUGUGGCAUUCAAGCCUCUUGGAUGACAGACCUAAUACAUAUGCAUCAGGGGCAUUUUCAGCAGCAGGUUUAAGGCUACUGCGAGUCAUUCUCGAUUGAGGUUUUCUUUCCAGCCAUCCACAUAAUGCUUCUCACUCUCAAACACUUCACUCUGCUUAUCUACGCUUUUCUGCUCAUGCAGAGUCUGUUUUUAGGAUAAGAAAUCAUUAUUCAAGCUUUGUACUUCCAUUCUUAUUAGUACUGGCUUAACAGAAUUUAACCAAAGCGAGCAGUUGUUGUGUUUGGCUUCUAGGCUGUUCAUGUAAAACGGCUGAUCAUGAUUACCAAGUGCUUUGGAGGACCUCGGUGCCCACCCCCUUUCCCAUCUUGUGCUUCCUGCUCCAUGAUUAUAGAACACUAAUUAUAACCAGAGCUGGUGAUGGGUGAGCGAUUAGGCUUUUCUGGACUGAUUGAUUGGUGAUUGAUUGAUUGCGUUGGGGAAGGCCCUUCCUGCAGAAGGAUCAUAGAAACAAAGGAGUGUGCUUUCACACCCGAUCACAGAAAAUUAUGCUGACUAGAUCCUUGAUGUAGUAUGUAAGAUUACAUUAUGGUUCGGGUAAUUUCAUUACAUGCCCUGGAUAGAAUUCAGGAUGCAACCUGACAAGAUUGAUAGGAAAUAAAUUCAUUAAGUUUUUGUUGAGUUGUUUGUCUCCUCAGUUUAUCGAUCAUUCUAGUGAGCACAAUUUCAGCCUUUUGGAUGAGUUAUUCCAAACACUAAGUACUGUAUGGUUUGAAAAUCACAGCUAACAAAAGCAUUUUUGGAGUAACUUUAUCAUAUGUAAGUCAUCCGCAAGUCUUUUUGCAUUUGUUAAUCUCCGUAAUCAAUAUUAUCUCCUGAAAUUUGUUGAGAGCAUGGCAGUUGGAGAAUAACCUGGCUUGCUGAGAACCAUGCUUCUGGUAGACUGGAACAUAAGCAGCUUUCACCUAGGAGAGCUAAUGCAUGACACAGAUUUUCAAGCUUUUAAAGGUCACCUGACAUGAAAUAACAGAACUAACAGAGAUUCGAGUAGGUGUGGUAAUCUGUACUAGCAUCCUGCAGGUACAGGAUGGCGGAGGGACCAAAAGAAUGUUUUAACACUGAGUUUGGUGGUUAAAGGACAGGAUGAAGAGCUCAUUUAUAUUGGCUGUACCUGUCUGUGACUGCCGGCAGUGAGAAGGUAGUAAGUACGGUUCCUAAAAUACUUUACUUCUCCACACCGUGGAGAACGGUUCUGUAUUGGUGAGAAGCAAGCCAAGGCAGAAGAGUGCUCUUGUGUGGUGCAGUUUGGGGGUAGGCCAGCGUACUCUCUACAAAAGAGAGACAAAAUGUGACAGCAGCCACUGCUGCCAGCCACCUGCACAGUACUCAGGGUGGGGAGAGCUACGGCGCAUCAGCCACCGGUACUGCCUCCAGAUUGAACACGUUGCCAUAGAAAGGAAAUAAAAACAUUCUUCUGGUGGCUAAAGUGAAUGUAACUUCUGAAAUUUCCCUAAAUUGUGUUUGGGGAAGUUUAGCAUUUUUCAAUUCUGAUGAGAGGGACUGAAAAAUGUAAAAGCAAAACUUUUGGAUUCAAAAUUGAUCAACUGAGUGUAAAAGAAGUUCAAAUGAUUGAACUUCCAAAUGAUGUUCAGUCUGUAGCUUUUAUAAUUUUGUAGUUUUUAAAGCUUAAAAUUACACUAAGAACUUUGAGGUACAUGUGUAUAUGUAUAUAUUUUAUUGCUUGUGUGUUCUGCAUGGUUAUAUUUAAUUAAAAAUGGGAUUCAUUGAUCCUGCCUAUGUACCCCUGAACUUUAAGUUGAAGGAAAAAAAAUGGGAUUUCCUGUACAUAUGAGGAAUUAAGCACUAUUUGAACGUACAAACACUGACCACUCAGUUUGUGUUAGGUGAUGCUGUUGUUGUUGCUGCUAGAUGAGGCUGAUUUCAUUUCAGAGGACUAGGGGUGGUGGAGCCUACACAAGGAAAUGCUCCCACCGCCCCAUCGCCAGGGAUACGCAGUCUAAGGGCAAGACAGACAACUUAGCAACAAAUCAUUAAUUAGCGUCUAGAGGGGCAGUGGGUGAGAGCUCUGGGCAUAAUAUGUGCCAGGUUCCGCUAUUCUUCCUAAGAGCUCAAUUUUAUUAUUUGGGCAGUGAAGCUGCAGCUUAGUGACUUGUUCAUGCUCACUCCCCUAGUUAGUGGGAAUCUGAUUAGAAGGUAGGUCCUUAUGGCUCUCAUGCUCGAUUCUUUCCACCAGGGUGAAGGUGAGAGGCAUGUGUCUUGCUGGGAGAUUGGGAAGGAUUUCCUGGGGCAGGUGGCCUUUAGCAGAGCCUGGAGGGGUGACCUGGGUUUUUAUAGAGCAGUGAUGAUUUUGGAACCUUGGCGGGGGUUUGGCUGGAGGUUGAAGUACUUGGAGGGAGGGAGGUGAAGUUGGAAAGUCAGGUUGGGGUAUUGAAAUACUUGGGCUAGGGUUAUACUAGGUAAAGUUGGAGUGGUCCCUGCCUUCAUGGAGCAUACAGUCCACCAGGAAGGAAGCACUUUAAGCAAAGCUGGCAAGGUGCUGUCAAUAAGUACAGGGUUUCAUGUGCAGUAGGGGACAAAAUUUGUUUUUGGGGGAGGGCAGGUUUUUGUGGGGAGGGAGGGAUUCCAUGUCAGCAGAGAUGGGAAGGGAGAGUUAGCCAAGGUCUAGCAAGGGCAGAGCAGAGUGCCUUAAGGCAAUAUAGAGAGAUUGAGGGGCUGAGAGGCUGAGAAAUAUCUAGUGCCCCUGGAAUCAAAGGGGUGAAAGGGCCAGUGUGAUGAGAGAGACUUGAAAGGAAAGACCUGGGCCCAAUGAAGACUGAGGUCUCUGGGAGGGGAAAGCGCUGCUCACAUUUCCAGGCGUUAUUCCAGACUGUUACUCCUUCUGAGUUAGGUUAGUGAGCUAGUCCUUAGGACCCAGUCUUGCUUGAAAUCUCCAGAUAGGCUUGUUUCUCUUUUGCAGUUCAUUUCCCUCCUAGUUUGUCUCACUUCCCCUGCCAAAGAACAGUUGCUCACAUUGGGUGUAGCCUCCUCCUAUGUGAUGGCGACAGUGAGGUGGAGUAACACGAUCCAUCGAGUCAUUUGGACACUCAGUGGUUUGCUUUUGAAACUUGUGCUGGAACCAGUGAAUGUGUUUGGGUUAAACCCCACUGGCAGAGCAGUUAGUGAUCCAAGACCUCUUUCCUGUUCAGACAACUGUUUUCCGGAGCCUUGCUUUCCCUGGAGGCCCAAGGGAUGGGGUCCUGAGUGUGUUGUCCGCCACAGCCCCAUGCUCUUUCCCUGCAUCUGAGCAUACGGAGUGUACCCGCCAGCUAGGGGAUCGCCCUCCGAAGGCAGAAUGGGCUGCUCUUCCUCCCUGUUGUUUCAAGCAGGGAUGGGCUUGUCCCUCUGCGUCAGGGUCUCGGCUGUCUUUUGCUGAGUUGUGGCAGCAGUCGCGUGGGGCAGGUGGGACUGGCAUUUCGCCCCCAGACCAGCCCCUCUGAAAUUGAUCCCAUUUCUGGAGAAGAGAGCAGAGCAUAUUUCUGGCCUUGUGUUUGCUGCCGGUGGGGGUCUUGGAAUCACUCAGGGGCUGCCCUGCUUGACCUGGUUGUGUUCCCAUCUCGACCUUUGCCAUUUCUCAGGGUGCACCACUCCCUUUUGAAUUGACCUGGAGGUUCCUGGCCAGAACCUGCAGUUAAAAAUUAUUCUUAAAGAGGAAGUAUCGAGAUCUGAGGUUUUUUUUUUCUUUUCCUGCGGAGAUGAGGAAAUUCUGGCUAGACUCUUGCUGCUUAGUGGCCUGGUUCUUCCGGCUCCCUGGGGGAGGUCACCAGAGGGCUGGCUCCUGAGCCCUGAUGAUAUCUGCCCUUUAUUGAGUGCUGAUUCUUAGCCGGGUCCUUUGUAAAGUGCUGCUCGUGUGUGGCCUCUUUAAAUGUUUACCAAGGGAGGUAGGUGCCCUCACUCAUCAUUUUAUAGAUGAAACUGAGUCAUGAUGCUUGAGAAGCCUGUGCAGGGCCACAUGUGACGGAGUGCUGAUUCGAACCUAGGCCCUUCUGACCAGAAGUUGUUCAGUCCUGCCUUUACUGUGUGUGUUCCAAAGCAGUUUUGUAUGUUUUUAUUUUAUUUUUAAACCGAAUGCUUGCCAUACUGGUUAUUCUCAUUAAACGUAGUGACAUUAAACUUCACUCAUUCAAAGAAGUUGCCAGUAAGGUUAAAUGCUUUUAUCUUAACGUUUCCAACUUACAUUUAGUUUUCUUGGGAAGUUGUCCACAUACCUGCUUCACCCACCUAAGUAUUGUGCUCCUAGUAUGUUUUCAGAAAAUUAAAUGUAUGUUUAUGAGGAAAUAAAAAUGAAUCCUCAUAUCUGCUCUAUUUUCCUGAAUAUAUUAUAAUAUAUAUAACUAUAUUUCAUAUGGAAUUGAUGCUUCAAUAUGAAUUGGAUAUUGGGUAAAGGCAGGAAAACCUGCCUUUAUCAUCCACAAUAAUUCAAAGUUCAUUUCUCUAGUUUUUAAGACGAUCCAUUUGCUUUCUCCUUCCAGAAAAGCUCUCUAACCUUAUUAGCUGUGGCAUGUACCCUUGAAAUCUUUUUGCUUUUGUUGCUGUUGUUGGUCAUUUAGACUAGCAUUUGUAUUUUGUUUAUAGUUUGAAAAGGGGCUUCAAGUACUUUUCCUCUCUAAUAAAGGUCUGUCUUUGCCUGGGACUAACGUCACUGUUAUGCUGAUUUUUCCUUUCUUGUCUUUUGAUCUUCCUGUUAGGAUUGACUGAGGGAAAAAACCAUAUAGCUCCUAUCUCCUCACUAACAGUAGUUGCUAUAACUUGUUCCAGCACUGGCACUUGGUUUAGCUAAUCCAAAAAGCAUAGUCCAACAGCAGUCCAGGAAAAGUGCCUUUUAUUUACUUAUUAUGAGUGUUAACUUAGACCAGAUACCAGCUCUAAGGCUUUGAUGAAACUCAGUUGACUUCGAUCCUUCUGAGAGCCGGCAUGGCUUUACACGGUAUAGUUUCAACCUUCCUGUGAGAGCAGUUAAGCCUUUUUGGUUACAUAGGUGCUGAGGCACAUGUGACCCAGAGUUUCUGAAAAACGUUCUGAGCAAGCAGGCAUCUUAAGAUAUCAAUUGGUAAAAUACCAAAGGACAAAUACAUCAUCUUGAUAAGCAGUAUUAGAUGCUAUAUUGGAAAAACCAGAGACCUGGAAGCUCUGCAGGGCAGUAAUUCAAUCAUCAGGUUCUGUUAAUGUAAUAAGCGACACAAGGGUGAAACCUGAGUAGUUUACAUGCACCAGAAUGCCCUUCAGUUGAAUUAUUGUCUUAUCAUGGUAGUCUGCCUGUACACUACUGUUUUGAAUAUUAAAAGGCAACACAGCUCACUUCUUCCCCAGAUGGAAAAGGCGCAAAUCUUCAGCACCUUAGUAAUUUGUUUCCUCUUCUUUCCACUCCUUACCUCCCUUAGUCAAAGCUUAUAUUUGGGGCUUAUUACUUGGAAAUCUUGUCCAGGUUAAUAAAGCAUACAGACUUGGCGUUGUUAAAAAAUAAAACUGUCACUCCACUGCACUCCAUCCUGGGCGACAGAGUGAGACCCUGUCUCAAAUUAAUAAAUAAAUAAACAAAUAAGUAAGUAAGUAAGUAAGCAAACUCUUUAAUUGUCCGAGUUCAGGAGAGAGUUGCUUCUAUCUUUGCAGGUAGUGAGGAGGUCUGAGCAGAGGCAUUACCCCUCACUGAAUUUUCCUUGCUCCUGUGCAGUUUACUAAUGAUAAAUUAGUAAAUUGAACUUGGCGUCUCUUGCCCAGUGUGAGAGGCUUAUAAAGGGGCCCAGGCUCCUUCCACAUAUCAUGUGCCCCUUUACAGCAGGCCUGGAGGAGGUGAUGCCAUCCCCAUUGAACAAAUGAGGAAAUGCCGCUGGUGCCCAGACACUGAAUGACUUGUAUAACUCUGCACAGUUAGUAAAGGAUUUUGAAGUUCAGGAAUUUGAAUCCAGAUGUCAGAUUCUAAAGACAGGGACUCCAGUCUUGCGAAGUCCUGAUGAAGCUUAUGCUUUUAUCAGGACUUUGCAAGACUGGAAUCCCUGCUCUAAGGCGGUAUCAUCGUCCAUAAUAACUUUUGAUAGAGAUCAGGAGGAUAUGACAUAAUGUUUUACAUUAAGGUCCGAAGUUUUGAUGAUGACAGUGGAAAUGCUGGAGACUGCUCCGUGAGACUCCUGUCGUGGCGUGGACAGCUGCGUAGGCGGACAGCCCUGCUGGAGCCACCCACGCCUGCCGCUUGAUAGCUUGGCGGCCUGCUUAUGUUCGUAUUCUGUUCAUCUCCUCCAGGCCCAUGGAAAGGGUCAGAGAGUGCCUGCCUCUGCUUUUCCUGUUACCUCCAUUAUCAAAUCCAGACAAUAGAGCUCAGCUCCCUCAGGAGAAGGGCUUUCUGUCGCCCUUUCAGCUCAGUUUAAGUGAAUGUUUCUCUGAUCUAAUUGGGUCUUUUUAUCUACUUGAACACUCACCAUGUUGGUUACCAUAAAUCACACCCUUUUCAGUUUUGCAUGUGAAAUUGUUUCACCCCAGUUUCCCCUAGUUUAAGCCAGUUUUAAGUUAUGUGUCAUUGAUUCUUACAACUUUUAGAUGUGAACAGCAAUCAUUAACGCAAAUCAUUUAGCUUUCUUCAGUAAAAAAUUUGUAAAUAGGAUUUUUUUCUUAAGGCAGGCCAUUUAUAUUGAGGUAAUAUGGUACUAAUUUAAAAGGCCAUAUAUUAAAUGGAUACAUAAAGUGUAUUAAUGAAACUUUUGGAAGAAGAAAAAUUUUUCCAAAUUUUGGAAAAAUCUUCAUUUUUCUUUAAUCCGUGAUGCUAAUACUAUUUUCAUUUUUUUGCACAUUCACUUCUAGUUAUUAUUUUGUGCAUUCACUUCUAGUUAUAUGUCCAUAUACAUAUUUUCAUACACCUCACUUUAUACGUAGCAUGUGUGAUUCUUUUUAAAGUGUUAGCUGACUUUCAUUUUUAGAGAAUUUGAUUAAUGCUAAAAAUCAUUUAAAAUAAGCCAAAUAUAUUUCUUCUUGAUCAGAGUGAGGUUUAUGUUAAUAGGUGAACACAAGUCUGCUUUUUUGGGCAGGUUGAGGGGCAGCAUCAGGAAUUGCCAUGGGAUUUCGAAAGUCUCUGUAUGUUUUAACGGGUUAUAUGGGAGGAGGAGAAACAGGCUUCUGUCCUCUGAAAUCUUUAGAAUAUCUCGGAAAGACCCAGCAUGUAUGCCAAGGGCAUGGCUUAUGAAAAUAAGUCUAUUAGGUACUUAGAGGAAAGGACAUUACAUUUUACACACGUCCUUCCCAGGUGAGCUCAGGAUCCCAUUUUCUGCCCUUGAGGCCUUUCCCCCACCCUUGUUACAUAUUUAUGUAACUUUCUUCUUUUUCUUCAUUUUCUGUGCUUUGGCACAUGCAACUUCCUCUGCCCGCUACACAACCUGCUCAACUGUUAGGAUUUAGCGCAGGUGUCACUUCCAGCAUGAUGACCUUCUUGACUCCUCCCCCUUUUCCAUCCAGUCAGGAGCAAGGAUUUCUAGUGAGCCCUCUGUGCCUUGUAAAUGUCCCCUCCUUCAAGGGCCACGUCAGGGCAGGGCCUGGGCUCAUUCAGCUGUCACCUGUCCCAGUACCUGGUGUAGUACAUAGUACUAGGUAGAGGGUCAGAAUGGAUCGGAAAUAUCAACAUUCUCAUAAGGGUGUCUUCUUCCUCCUUUUUUCUGUACCCUCCUGUAGUUUUAAAGAAUGUGUUAUUUACUCUAAAAUGGGUGCUUAUUUUAGUUAUAGUUCUUUAAUUAGCUUCCUAAAAGUAUUCUCCUGUUUGUGUCUUCCAAGGUAAGAUAGACUGUAAAAUUCUUCAGCACAUAUAGUAAGUACUCAUUGACAAUUGACAGUCUUGUCCUAAAGUGAGAUGGUGAUAAAUUUUAAAUUUUCCUUCUAAACUUAAGGAGAAGGGGUUACAGUCCUAAGUACAGAGAUGUGGCCUUAAGCUGACAGUAAUUUCAGGUUUUUGCUUUUAAAUAAUCUUCCUUACUAUGUAGUAUUAAAGUCUUCCCAGAAAAAUCAACAAACUGAAACAUAUUUUGACAAUGGUACAGCUUUAUUUUUGCUCGAAAUUAGUUGCUCUGGUUUCUUAUCUUUUCAUUCUGAAGUCACAGAUAAAUAUUCUAUUAUUUUUUCCUGAUAGUUAUCACAUCUGGCUUUUGCAUUUGUAUGCUUGUAUGUGUGUUUUUACUCUGCAUUUUCUACCUUUCAAGUCCUUUCCCUUGAUUCUUAGAGAACUUCGUGCUUAUGAUCUGUAUGUGACAUCUGCUGUUCAGCCAAUUUUGAGGCAUUAUAUUUUCAUGUCCCUACGAAAAUACUUGCUAUUCGUUGACUUUUUUCCUCCACCCUGCUCCUGUGUCCAGUGCAGCUUGUUGUAUUUGAAGCAAGACAGCUGGAGUGAUACCGCGAAAGCCAACUUCAGUUUAUUUUUUUCUUCCUUUUUGUUUUUCUUUUAAAAAAAAUCAUUUUGAAGAACCAAUAAUCUUGUCAUUAAACUAUUUCUUUUUGCUGGAGAGAGUUGAGUACAGCAGGAAAAUAUAAGCAUCUUUCUUCUCUGUUUUUCUUUUAUUACACCAUCCCCAAAUCCAGUUUCCCACACUGCCUUCAGUUCAUAGAAUUCUCAAAUGAAUAUUCAUCUCCUUUCUCCAUUCCUAAUCUAGUUUUUGUAGGGACCAUAAUGAAUAAUGAAAUUUCUAAAAUUCAACUUACUGAUAGGAUUUCUAACAAAUAAAAAGGGAAAUAUUUUUUAAAAUUACGUGUCCAGCGGAGAGCAGUGUGGUGGCAUAAAUUAUUUCGAAUUAAAGUUCUUGGUCUUAGCGGUGGUGUCUCUGCAACCCCAGAGCUGUAGUGUAAGUGUGAAAGAUACACAGACUGGUUCCGUGAGCAUGUGUGCUGCCGCGUGUGGGGCCAGCAAGUAGAAGGGAGAGGUCUGCUGCUCAGUGUGUGCGCACAAAGCUUGGGAGUAAGCCGCAGUCCAAAUGAUUUGUGAAUUGUGGCUCUGUGAAGUGGCUUAAUGAAUUUGUUCAUUUAGUUUUGAUUGGAUUAUAAUAAGAGACUGUCUUGUGGUGAGUAUCUGGCCGAUUAUUUUUUGCCUUGUAGAUUUUCUUUCUGGUAUGUAACGGGUGCAUGCUCUCAAUAAAAAAUAAUCCAGAAAUUGCAGGUAUUUUCUCUGAGAAAUAAUCUUCAAGGAUGGUAGCUCAGAGAUUUUGAGGGCAUGUUGGUGGUUGAUGAAUCAGUUUAUUAUUGAAGCUCUCUCUAAAGUGAGAUUUCUCCAAGAGCUGACAUCUUUUGGCUUUCUGUUAUAAAAGUAUCAGCUACACAUGGUGACUAUUAUUAAAUGGAAAACAGCCUUUAUUUUUCUGAUAGACUAUAUUUCAAAAUCUGGAGCUGUUGUUUCUUCUGAACAAAAGUAACUGGGAGAAAAAAAAGACCAAGACUAACAGUAUAAUAUGCUGUAUAUUUUGCUUGCUAAGAAAACUUAACAGAGUGGUUAACAACUUUGGCUUUAUGUAGUAAAGACCUCUGUUAACUGGAAUGCUUCAGAAGUGGCAUGCUUAUGGAUUGUGGAAGUUUUAGGUUAACUGAUGAUUAAGCAGAAAUCUUUGUAGAGGAUUUUUUUUUUUUAAUUACAGUUUGUGAUUCUGCUUUUUCUGACACAACAUAUGUAGUCUGCUUGCAUCUUUCUUUGAUGGAUGAGGCUUAACUCAUUGAUCUUUCUGAACAUUAGUGAUCAUUGGAUAACACUGUAAAUUUAAAAGACAUAGAAAACUGGGACCCAAGAGAAUUCUCUGAAAAUCCCAUUUAUACAUUUUAUUCUUAUAGAUAAAGUUAAAACAUAAAAACCAAAUGUUAAAGGAUGUUUCGCUCUCUAAAAGGACAGAUUGUAAGGAAGGCAUUCUGUCAUCCAGCUUUCCACCAGUUCACUUAGACUCUGCAUCUGUGAGUUUUUGAGUAUUUUCAAGGGGGUGUGGUUGAGUGUUGAGGUCCACAGUAGCUCUGGUCAUACCCGGAGGUUCUGGAUUUAGAUAACAUGGCAACAAAAUAAAUAUGUUUACUUGGUGCAUCUCCAGUGCCUGUAAUUUAGAAGUAUCACUGCUAACUGUCAGAUUAUAUUUUUAACCUUUUAAACUAGCACUUUCUUGUAAUGCAUUGGACUGUUGUAAAUGAGAUUAAAUCAGGGUUUCAAUUGAGGAGAAUUUGGACCAGAAAGCAAAGCCGGAGAUGUCGUAUGUGAUAUAUCAUUCUCCAGAGCUGUUUAGUUAGAGGGAUGCCUUUUGUUUAAAUAAGAAUAAAAAUAAUAAUUGGCUACUUCAGCCCACUGACCUUAGAAAUUGUUACAUCCUCUGAUGUAAUUUAUUAGUGUAACUUAUUGAGUGCCAAGUGUUUUAAUUGAUGCAUAAAGCACAGAAUUUAUAUGGGACUCCUGCCAAGGGUCUCCCUCUAAAGUUGAAUGUAUCUUUCUUUUCCUCUUUCUCCUUCCCUUCCACCAUCCCUCCUCUUUCUCUCCCUUCUCUUCUUCUUCUUGUAGUUGUGCACUCUGAGAUCAUUGCUUUCCAGGUAGACCUUGGCAGUUUGUCUUUGGCAGCUGCUUCUAGGAGUCAUGUGGAAAAAACCCACCAAUAUAGAAUUAGUCCGUUUCUCAGCUUUUUGAAAAACUACUUCACACUUCCUUGUCUUCUAGUUAGAGGUGACGCUGUUAUGCCUGGCUAGUGUCUAGUCUUACAUUGACUGGACAGGUUUGCUUGGGUGUUACCUAAACAAAAUGAAUUUUCACCCACCCAGUAGAAAUCUGUACUGCAGAAGAGGUAACAAUGUCAAGUUUACAGCUAGGGGUUAAAGAUGGGAUUUGUAACCUCUUUCAGAAAGUUUUAUGUCUCAUCAUUAACACAAGCCCAUUGUAACCUUUUUUUCUACUUAGAAAGGCUGUUAAGUGUGCAUAGUAAGAUGAAUUUUUUGCUUGAAAUUUGAGAAAUGUCUUCCUCAGUCAUUGAAAUGAGUAACAGAAAAAAAUGAGCUUUUUGGACCACAUAACAUGCCAUUGCUCUGCCUCUGGAUUAAAGAGGAGGAAAAGAAUGAAACCCUGUGCUACCUAGAGCUUAGUGGUUCAUAGGAUCCUGUCCCAUUGCCUGAACAGCAGACAUUUUUCCAGGUUCCCUUGAGCCUACUUUGACCCUGGUUCCUUAUCACCUCCAGAAUAUUGCUGAUUUGAAUGUCUUAAGUUUGAUUCUUCUGCUGAAAAUCAGGCUAAUGCAUAUAGAAAGGAGCAGUGGAGAGGAGUACAUGGUUUCCCCUUCUAGGGUAUUGAGCAACAGAGUUAUGAAAAAGACCACUCCCAUUUGUGCGUGGAGCUCUGAUUUGACCAUCAGUUCUUUAAAAAGCAAGAUUGAAUGUGUGAUCACAUUUGAGGCUGAUGGAUUUAAGAUUUUAAAUUAAACUGUUCUGAGUUUAUUUAAAUUGCUGAUGUUCGUUAGGGAGAUGAAAACAGAUUGAUUGUUGCAGAGAAUUCAGAAACCUUUAAAAGUAGUGCUUGGAUCAUUCUCGUAGAACUAUUAGUUGAUGUUAGAUAGUUCAGUUUGAGGUUGGGAUGAGCUCUCCUGCUCUGAGCUGCGGUUCCUUGCCUGACAUCUCUUCUGUACCUGUGAAGUUAUGGGAGGCACUGAGGUGCAUGUUUCCCUUGGGCAGCCUUGUGGCUGCUGCCUUUGCUGCCUGUGUAUCCGUGGCGGAGGCUGCUUUGUGUGCUGAGAUGCUCCGUGAUGUGGGUCAGCCAGGCCGCGUGCCUUGCCUCUCCCCAGCCUGCUCUCGCUGCACCAGCUUGCCACUGACGCCUAUGUCUGUCAGGUGUUCACCCGAGCAUUAGAGGGCUCAGAAAUUUGCUUUCUUCAAGAACUGGCUGUUUUUGUUUCGUCAUUUUCCAUGAGGAGGUAAAAGUAACUUCAGGAGUAUUCUUUACAAAUUGUACAUGUAUUUGGCAAAAAGUGCUGCAUCUCAAAACAGAUGGUGCAUUUCUACAUAGAUUUUGACACAAAGCACCAUACAGAUGGAGUUGGAGUCCGACCAUGGAAUUCAAAAAGGCAUUUUUCAGGAUUUGAGUAUUUUCUCUCUUGGGGGUCCCCUGCAACUUUAUAAUCAAAGUACAGGUGAUUCUGUGGUUCUUCUUUUUAUUCAAACACUGAAAUGUAUUCAUGAAUUAUGUUCCACAAUAUCUACCUUUAUUAGACUAUGAAAUGACAGCUGCUUAACAGCAUAUGAUAGUUGUUACUUUAGUAACUUCGUAAAACGUCCUGUUUAGUACACUUAAGAAGAAGUCAGAUCUACUAUUAGUGAUGUGUGAAUAAUAAUGGAAUAUUAAAAUUUUAAAGGUUUGAUCCACCAAGCCUGUCUUAGCAUUUAUUCCGUUUCAGACUAUCACUGACUUACGGCAUAACUAAAAUAUAUAGAGGGGCACAUCAGUUUCGCAUACUGUCAGUCUGGUAAUGUCUGUCAUUCAUUCAUUCAUCUUGUGUGCAGUCUUAAUAGUGUGAUUACGGAGACGCUCAGUUCAUGUCGAAACAGUGAUUUUUCCUGUGGUGUUGGUUUGUUUGUUUUCUCAGGUGCUUUUCACAGCCUGAGUUUUACUUCUUUCUUGCUGACAAAGUUGAUGAACAUGUGGGGAGGCAAUGGGAGGUUUACAUGUGAUUCAAGCUGGUCCAGCCUGACAGGGGACUAUAGGGGUUUUCAGAAUUGCAGGGACAGCUGGGUAGAGGGUGUCACUGGGUAAGCCACAGAAUCCUUAAUUAUCUAACAAUGCGGCUUGCUUCUCCCACACCCUAAAUGAUGGGGCAUUACAUACCCAAUCACUUUCCUGGUUUGGUGCUGGCAGGGGGUGGAGAUAGAAGGGGAGGAAGGAAAGGAAGACAGAUGGGCCAAGGAAGGUGGUGGAGUAGGGAGAGGAUGGGGGAGGAGAGAGACCUUGUGGGUCGCUGAAUACAGUAGGAUUGAAAAACAGUAGGUUUUCUUUGUGCUUGGGAAUUUCAUGAUUUAGUUGCCUUAGGCUAGUUAUGAAACUAUGAAAAUUGAUUGGUUUUUCUGUAUUUGCUUUGCAGUUGCUUAUUUUCUAAGGAAAGUAUCCUGUAGUUUCUUCGUUGGGCUAUUAUAGUUGGUUACUUAUUGACUGACUUCCCCCUACUCCCCAUUUGUUGCUCCUUUAUUGUUGUUAACUUUCUGUUUCAUUCCUCUUCUUCUUUGGGUACAUUUUAAAAUUUGGUUCAUUAAAAAAAAAGUUUUAGAUUUACUUUUGUCAAGUACCUGAAGGACUUGUUUAAAAUUUUUACUGCCUUUUAUGUUUCAGCUUAUUUCCUCACCACACACACCUUCUGUUUUUCUAUGUUGCAAACUUAAUUUUUUUAAAGGUAAUUUUCUAAAAAUAUGAUUCUCCUAUCUAGUGAGAUUCUACUAGCACAGAGGAAAGAAAAACCGGGCCCGAAGUCCUCACAAUAAUCAUGCCACACAUCACUCCCAAUUCAAAAGUCUUUCCAGUGGGUAAAAUUCAGCUCCUUUCUUUGGAAGGAAUGGUGCAAACCAGCUUCUUUACUAAAAAAUAAGGAGAGAUUUUAAUAUUUGAGGUUUGUCGUUUGUAGAGCAGUUCAUUGCUGUUAAAACUGGCUUUCAUCAGAAAUGAUGAUUAAUUAAUUCUGAAAAUGGACCUUUCUUCCUUCCCCUUCUCUUUUUCCUCCCUAGUUGACAUCUUAGCACAUGUCUGAACAAAAUGGAAAUGCAGCUCUGUUGAUUAUAGCUAAAUCAUGCAUCAUGAUGCAAACAUGUAUAAUUUAGACCUGGGUGCUUCAGUUGAGUGCUCGUAUGUCUGAAAGGUACAAUGGUGCUUUACCCAAUGGCGAUAGAGGACGGAGGAAAAGUAGAUUUGCCCUCUACAAGCGGCCCAAGGCGAAUGGCGUCAAACCCAGCACGGUCCAUGUGAUUUCCACGCCCCAGGCGUCCAAGGCUAUCAGCUGCAAAGGUCAACACAGCAUAUCCUAUACUUUGUCAAGGAAUCAGACUGUGGUGGUGGAGUACACACACGAUAAAGAUACGGAUAUGUUUCAGGUGGGCAGAUCAACAGAAAGCCCUAUCGACUUCGUUGUCACAGAUACGAUUUCUGGCAGCCAGAACACGGACGAAGCCCAGAUCACACAGAGCACCAUAUCCAGGUUCGCCUGCAGGAUCGUGUGUGACAGGAAUGAGCCUUACACAGCACGGAUAUUCGCCGCUGGAUUUGACUCUUCCAAAAAUAUAUUCCUUGGAGAAAAGGCAGCAAAGUGGAAAAACCCUGACGGCCACAUGGAUGGGCUCACUACGAAUGGCGUCCUGGUGAUGCAUCCACGAGGGGGCUUCACCGAGGAGUCCCAGCCCGGGGUCUGGCGUGAGAUCUCCGUCUGCGGAGAUGUGUACACCUUGCGAGAAACCAGGUCGGCCCAGCAACGAGGAAAGCUGGUGGAAAGUGAGACCAACGUCCUGCAGGACGGCUCCCUCAUUGACCUGUGUGGGGCCACUCUCCUCUGGAGAACAGCAGAUGGCCUUUUUCAUACUCCAACUCAGAAGCACAUAGAAGCCCUCCGGCAGGAGAUUAAUGCCGCCCGGCCGCAGUGCCCCGUGGGGCUCAACACCCUGGCCUUCCCCAGCAUCAACAGGAAAGAGGUGGUAGAGGAGAAGCAGCCCUGGGCUUAUCUCAGCUGUGGCCACGUGCACGGGUACCACAACUGGGGCCAUCGGAGCGACACGGAGGCCAACGAGAGGGAGUGUCCCAUGUGCAGAACUGUGGGCCCCUACGUGCCUCUCUGGCUUGGCUGUGAGGCGGGAUUUUACGUAGACGCAGGACCGCCAACUCAUGCUUUCACUCCCUGCGGACACGUGUGCUCGGAAAAGUCUGCAAAAUACUGGUCUCAGAUCCCGUUGCCUCAUGGAACUCAUGCAUUUCACGCUGCUUGCCCUUUCUGUGCUACGCAGCUGGUUGGGGAGCAAAACUGCAUCAAAUUAAUUUUCCAAGGUCCAGUUGACUGACACCCUUGACAGCCAUCUAUGACUUUAUUAACAGGUUACUGUGAAGAUUUUGCCACUAACUCUAGAUUUUGCCUUUUUGUAAUGCUGUUUAUUAGGGGAGGGUGACUAGGGCUGGGAAUAGAGAGAGGGGACACAUGAUGAAACAUGGCAGGAGUGUAACAGAUACCAGUGGUGUUUUGCAUGCUCAGAACAGCAGCAUUGUCAUUGAAGUCUGCUUGAUUAAACCAUCAUAAUAUCUGUAAUAAUUGGAUUUAAAAUGCCAUGCUUUUAUUUUUAACCUUGGGUUUUUAACCAAGUUUGUUUUUUGUAAUCUUGGACAAGACUUUAAAUCAUAUUUUAUAGAUGUAGAAGAAAUUAAUUCAAAAGUGAUGGGCUCAUGAAGUUCAGCCUUCAGUGCAGUGUGGUGUAGGUGUUACCCGAAGGGCACACAGUGUCUAGAAAUACUUGAUCAUGGCUCAGACCUGACCAGACACCAGAGGGGCAGCUCUGUACAGUGUGACUGGUGGACAGAAGGCCGUAGGCACAGGUGGUUUUGAAAUCUGGGGCUUCUUCCAGAUUUAUUUUUCUGACUUGUUGGUGGAAAGAAUACUCAUAUCUUGUGGGCUUUUUUUUUUUUUUAAACUUCAGUCGAAUUUACUUUAGAUACUCAUUCAUCAAAUACAUGGCACUUCUCAAAGAAUUUUCCAUAACUUUUUAGCCUUCUUUUUGUUACUUCUGCCUAAUAUGAUUUGCCCCUGAUACUCAUCUUGCACGGCCAGACUGUUUGGUUGAUUAAAAUAUAUCAGCUCUUAAAAACUCAUUAACUGAGAGUAAUUACAGUAGUCGACAUGGUCUGGGUAUUACACGACCACGUUUAUUUGCUGACUGAAUUGUUGAAGAUUUAAGAAUGAUUAAAAAUAAGCUUUGACAUUUUAAAAUCACUUGGGGUUUUACAGGCUUGGGGUUUUUCUUUUUUGUUGUUAAGAAAGCCAAAUUCUGUGAGCCUAAAAGCAACCAGUCACAGUGAUACAGUCAUUUUUGUGCACUCCCUUUUCACCAUCUGUCACCUUCCCUUGCAGCUUAAGGAGCCGUGUAAGUUUUGAAAAUGUUUGCAAAUCAAACUCAAUUUAAAUGGGAUCAUUAGAUGUACACGACACCAAGUGGUCCAUCUGCAGAGAUAAUUCAAAAUUCCCAAUUUUGAGAGAGCAAAUGAUCCCAUUUAAAUCGCUGAGGAAUAAUUAAAUCAGAAUUUCAUAUGAGCUCCACCAUUUCUCUGUUACUUUAAUUUUAUUUGGAUUAAUAAUUCUUGGAUGCUUGGCACCAGUCAUAUCGCUGCUCCCAGAAUGUAAAGAUCCUUUAGGACGUGAGACUGGUUGGAGCUGGCUGAGAUAAAAUAAAACCCUGCCACAUGGAGUAAGUAUUUAUUUAAACUAAUGUUCUCUUAAUUUGACCAUUGCAGAUUUGGGUGAUUUUUUUUAACCUUUGUAAAUAUACGUAAUUUAUAUGAUUCUAAUGUACUAUAUCCAUACUUGAAUUGGUUUUUUCAUACUUUGCCUGCUGGCAAAUAUUUUGCCUAUUUUCAGUUGUUCUAACCUAUUUGAAUACCCUCUGAAAAUGAUACGAUAUAUUACUCUUGAUUGCUGCUGCUUACUUUGAUGUAAUAUUUUUAAAGUUCAGCCUCUCAGUUUUAAAAUAGCUUUAUUUUUCAAGGGACAUCAUUGUGUAGGAUGAGGCAUUUUUGGUUUUGGUUUUGUUUGGGUAAAUUUUAAAUGAUGUGAAAAUCUGACAACAGUCCCCUUAUGGAUAGCUUGCUCUAUUUGGUAGAGCUUACUCUGCCUGCAGACAGAAAAUGAAAGAAAAAAAUGGACUUGCCUAGAAUAAUAUAUUGAGUGCCCUUUGAUUUAGCCAGAGCCUCUGAUGAUUAGCUUUCACUGAUAGAGUAGGUCUUUUCACCCUGUAAUUCUUUGUGCUCCGAAGAAUGACAAAGGAGGCACUCAUUCCCUUUCCUUGGUAUAUGCCUAGAAAGUGGUUGAAGCAUUCUUGAUGCCCUAAAAGCAUCUUGUAAGCUAAAAAGCAUCUUGUAAGCUAAAUGGUCUUGCAUCCAGAAAGGCCAGAUUUUACCUACCAAGUAAAAAGAUAUUUUUCCAGAGAGUUAGGUGUAUUAUAAUUUCCCAUUUCAAGUUCUGUUCUUAAGCUUACUCAUUCUGCAAUGUGACAUAUCCCCUAAAACGAAGUCACCUUCCAAGUUGGACACUUGCCAUAAUUCAGCUUAAAUGUAAGCUGAAAUUUGGGUAGUAAUUUCCCAGCUCUUAGAAGGGGUAACAGUGAACCGCCCUCUAUGGGCUCCACAUCUUUUCCUUUGGCCUCCAAAGUGAGGUCCCGCCCACCCUGCCUAAGGAACUGCAGAGAGGUGGCAAGUCAGCAGAAAGGACGCCAGGCUGUUCAUGGCCUCUUGUAGGAAGAUCCCUUUAAUUUUUUUUUUUUUCAGAGUUGAGUUUGUGAGAAUAAAGACCUCUGUAACUCACCAAGGCAGAGAAAUACAGUUCAGAAAAGUAAUGUCUCCAAGGUCACUUAUUUUUUUUAUGUCUUGCUUGCCAUCACUUUAAAGGACUAGCCCCACGCCCCCGUGUGUACACAUAAGGAAAUUGCAGAACAAUUCGUUGUCCCGGCCUGACUCUAACGUCUUUUGCAAGUAGCUUCCCAGAAGUAAAAUCCCCAGUGAUGUAUUCCCAUAGAAAUAUUUUUCAGUUGUUUAUGUCGUUUACUACAAAAAAAUGAUUCAGAGUGGAUGGAGUACAACUCUGAGUAUUUUUCUAGUCCGGAAUUUUUUAUUAAUAAUCGGUGCUGCCGGGUCAUGCAUGCUGCAACUCUCAACAUUUCCUUUAUUUGGUUCAGCUUUUAGCAAAAACGGCUACAGUUCACCCUGCAGAGUAAGUAUUAAGGUUUCUGGAUUUUUUUUUCCCAAACUGUGGCCCAAAAGAAUUAAAAUCUGUUAAUAUAAAUAGAGAGCAUAUUUAUCAUUCCUCAAUAGUUAAUUAUAGACUUUGGUACCUUUGUGCCUCAGGGAAGCCACGUGAUAUAACUGGUUAUAGAAUUUCAGGGCUAGGGUUUAAAGAAAGGAGAAAGCCAUUGGAAAAAUGAUGGGCUCCAUUAAGGAGACUAAUGAAUCUGGAUGCAGAAAUAUGCCAGAAACUGGCAUAAACAUGAUUGUAGUAGAAUUUAUUUUCCAGUACCAAUAAGGAAAUUAUUUUAAGUUAUUACAUAUACUGUAUUGGGAAAGUUGAGGAGAACUCUUUUCUUCUUAAAGCUUCAAUGUCUUUUUUUUUUUUUUUUCCAUGGAAAAACUCAAACCUGUUAUUUGGGAGCUCAGUAUUGUGUGGGCACUGUGGAGAGUUUUCUGCUUAAUUGAAGUGUAAUACAGGUUACAGAAUUGUUACCCACAGUUGUAUGGUUUUGCUCCACUUCUUUUCUUUAUUAAAGUCAUUCUGUUCCUUAGAUGUGUUUGAAAAGGUGUGUGAUGACACCAUUGUUAAUGCUGGGUAAAAACUAGCUAUCUUCUUGCAGUCUUGCCUCAUAACAGUGGAAUUUCUGAUAGACAAACCACAGGACUUUGACUUUAUGCCAAAUCCAGCUCCGUCCCUUUACUGUCAAUCUUCUAUCCCAGUAGUUUAGCCUUUGUGGCUUAGGGUAUGAUGCUUCUCCUUCUGUGCUGAAAAAGCACAGCUCUGUUACCAUUUCGUUACCACUCAAAGGCCAAUGAGACAACUUCAGAAUCUUUUUAAAAGAAUGCAAGCAUCAUUGAAGCAGUAACACAAAAAGAAGGUUCAGUAUUUUCUUUUUAGUAAAACUUACAUCCUUUCAAAUAAGUUUUUGCCCUCAUGAAGAAUCCCUAGAGGAAGGUAAGGAAAAUAUUUUACAGUAGUACUUGACAGUUUCUAAACAUGUUUCUGAACAAAUAAACUCAAUGAAAGGAAAGAUGUUUCUUUUUAGUUGAGAUGACAGAUUGCUUCUCUGUAUUAAAUAGUCUAGAAGUUAAGGGGAUGGUCACAUUUACCAUGUAUUGUGUUAUGAGCAGUUAAAUUUUAUGAAUAUAUUUGUAAAAUUGUUGUUUUAUAUUUCAUGUCAAAUUGAAAAGUUUAUUUCUUCACUAUUGUACCUGUGGAAAUACAAGCCAUUUUACAGGAAAAAAAUCUUCAAAAACUAUUAAAUGGAUUUCAGUCUGUUUGUGA